ACAUUCAGUGUCCACAGGUGUUGAUGUCCUGUUGUCUGUCUCAGCACUCCUCAGAGAACCUCACAGACGUUCUCCCAGUUCUCGUCCUCAGUUAGAGAUUUAUUCUGCAUCUGGAGUCAGCAUUGCCAGCUUCCCGUGGAAGAGUGGUCCUGUGGUCCACCUGGGUUGGACAGUCAGUGAUGAACUGUUGUGUAUUCAGGAGGAUGGAUCAGUUCUGAUCUACGACCUGUUUGGAUCCUUCAAGAGACACUUCAGCAUGGGACAGGAAGUGGUCCAGAGUCAGGUGUUAGAAGCCAAAGUGUUCCACUCUCCUUAUGGAACAGGUGUUGCCAUAGUAACAGGCUCCUCCCGCUUCACCCUGGCAACCAACAUUGAUGACCUGAAACUCCGGAGGUUACCUGAGAUCCCAGGUCUACAGGGGAAGCCGUCCUGCUGGGUCGUCCUCACUCAGGACAGACAGACUAAAGUCCUGCUGUCAAAUGGACCUGACCUCUACAUCCUGGACAACACGUCCUGCACUGCUGUGUGUCCCCCAGGUCUUAGUCCGCAGGCUGGCAGUAUUGUCCACAUGUCUGUGUCCUUUAGUUAUAAGUACCUGGCUCUCUUCACUGAUACCGGGCACCUGUGGACAGGCUCCUCCCACCUUCAGGACAAACUGAGUGAAGUGGACACUAAAAAGUCCACGCCUCCCAAACAGAUGGUUUGGUGUCGCAGACCAAAGAGUCAGCAGCCCUCUGUGGUGUUGAUGUGGGACAGACUGCUCAUGGUGGCCGGAGUGUGUCACGAUACCAUCCAGUUCCCCAUAGAGGAUCACUGUGUUUUGGUUGGAGAGCUGGAUGGAAUUCGGAUCAUCAGCUCGACCAAUCAGGAGCUGCUUCAGGAGGUGCCUCUGGUCUGUCAGGACAUCUUUAAGAUUGCCUCCAUGGCUCCUGGAGCUCUGCUGCUGGAGGCCCACAGGGAGUACGAGAAGUCGAGUCAGAAGGCUGAUGAGUACCUGAGGGAGAUCAAGGAGCAGAGCAUGCUGGGAGAAGCAGUCCGACAGUGUGUGGAGGCAGCAGGACACGAAUAUGACGCCAACACCCAGAAAUCCCUGCUGAGGGCGGCGUCCUUUGGGAAGUGUUUCCUGACAGACUUCAGUUCGGACCCGUUCGUGACGAUCUGCAGAGAACUCCGAGUCCUGAACGCCGUCAGGGAGAGCACCGUGGGGCUGCCGCUCACUCACACUCAAUUCAAACAGAUGACUAUACAGGUGCUGAUCGACAGGCUGGUGUAUCGACAGUUUUAUCCGUUAGCGAUAGAAGUCUGCCGUUACCUGAAGAUUCCAGAUUAUCAGGGAGUCAGCAGAGUCCUCAAACACUGGGCCUCAUGCAAGGUGCAGCAGAAGGACCUAUCAGACGAGGCCAUAGCCCGAGCGGUGUGUGUGAAGGUGGGAGACUCACCUGGUGUGUCUUACUCACACAUCGCAGCCAAAGCGUAUGAAUGUGGACGCACUGAGCUCGCCAUCAAGUUGUUGGACUUUGAGGCUCGGUCUGGAGAACAAGUCCCUCUGCUGUUGAAGAUGAAGAGGAGUCAGCUGGCUCUCAGUAAAGCUGUGGAGAGUGGAGAUACUGACCUAGUUUACACGGUGGUGACGUACCUGAAGAACGAGAUGAACAGAGGAGACUUCUUCAUGACUCUGAGGAACCAACCGGUCGCACUGAGUCUCUACAGACAGUUCUGUAAGCUGCAGGAACAGGAGACUCUAAAGGAUCUUUAUAACCAGGACGAUGAUCACCAGGAACUCGCCAACUACUACGUCACUGCCAGCUACAGAGAAAAGAGGUUAGAAAGCCGUCUGUCUCUCCUGCAGAGCGCUGUCGAUGAAUACAACAAGGCCAAGAAUGAGUUCUCUGCAAAGGCCACAGAGGACGAGAUGCGUCUUCUUCGCUUCCAACGCAAACUGGACGAUGAGAAAGGGGCGGGGCUACUGGGACUGUCCCUGCAGGCCACCAUGGAGGCUCUGCUGGCUUUAGGACUCCACAAACAAGCAGAACAACUUUACAGAGACUUCAGAGUACCUGACAAAAGAUAUUGGUGGUUGAAGCUGAAGUCUCUGGCAGAGAAGGAGGAGUGGGAGGAGUUAGAGAAGUUCUCAAAGAGCAAGAAGUCUCCUAUUGGCUACCUGGCGUUUGUUGAAGUCUGCAUGAAGAGUAACAACAAGUACGAGGCCAAGAAGUACGUUUCCAAGGUGACACCUGAGCAGAAGGUCAAAGCUCACCUGGCUGUCGGUGAUCUGGAGGGCGCGGCGGACGCUGCAAUCGAACGCAAGAGCGACUCAGAGAUGGGGGCGGUCCUCUCCAGAUGCCCCACCUCCGACCGCCUCUUGAUUGACAGGUUGAACCGAGCCAGAGCCACCGCUGCCAAAAAGUGAUCCACCCUUCCCUCCAUUCAGAGUGUGUGUACAGAGACAGCAGAUGGUCCAUCGCCGCAAAGUGCUCCUCAGCUUACCGUCUGACUGGCACUCAGAGUGGGCGUUACCAUAGCAACCAGAGUCGUUUCUUCUUCAUGGGCUUUAAUAUCAGAACUGAUGAUCAUGUUAUCGAUCUGUGCUGAUAAGUUAUGAUUGAUUAUUGAUCGCCCAGCUGAUGUUGCUUUGAAAUGUUUUCUUCUGUGUUUGCUGCGAUUGAGCCGCAGCCUGAUCUACUGAAUGUCUGUGUGAAGUUUGUCUCCAGCGCUUCUGUUUAUCCACUUUAUUUAACCGAUCACUGAUCACCUGUAUCAGAGCUGAAAGUUCCUGUACAAACUGAACAUCAUUUCCUGUCGCUGCUUCACAUUAAAAGCGUCCACCAGAGAAACAG